CCUGAUGGGAAUGGUGGUCCUUGACUCCUUAUACCUUUAUUUAGCAAGCAGUUUUUAUUGGUUCAAAAAUCAGAAAUCCCUUUUUCUGACAAUGGUUAAGCCUCUUUCUUACAUAUUUUCCUUUUUCACAGCACUCAUCCUCCUAUUAUCACCAUCCAUUUCUGCUCAGAGCAGAAGCAAUAUACCAGUUGGUAAUUCUCUCUCAGCCAUCAUCAAUGGUUCUUCGUGGCUUUCACCUUCAGGCGAUUUCGCCUUCGGCUUUCACCAAUAUCUCAACCACACUAAUCUGUUCUUGCUUGCUAUCUGGUAUGCCAAAAUACCAGACACAAUUGUUUGGUUUGCAAAUGAAGGUAACCCUGUUCCACAAGGAUCAUCAGUGACAAUCACUACUGAUGAAGGUCUAAUACUCAGUAAUCCUCAGGGGUCCAACUUGUGGAAUACCUCUUCUGAUUUAAAUGGCAACGUUGUUAGCUACGGCUUCAUGAGUGAUACCGGAAAUAUGAUCCUCACAAGUAGCAGUGAUAGUAAUCCAGUUUGGCAAAGCUUUGAGCAUCCAACAGACACUUUGCUGCCUACUCAAGUUAUGAACAUAGAAGGUGCUGUCGACUCUCGGCUUUCGGAAACUAAUUUCACCAAAGGCAGGUACCAACUGCGCCUGCAAACAGAUGGGAACGCGGUCUUGCAUGUAAUGGACCAAACCAUUUACUGGGCCGAUACUCGACCUUACUUUGCUAGUAACACUUGGAAUCCUCCAAAUCAAGGUAAGCAAGUUAUUUACAAUGUAUCAGGGCAGAUGUAUGUAGCGGCAGAAAACGGCACCGCGGUGUAUAAUUUCAUCCCUGAAGACACAGUUAUAGUGUCUAGCAGAGAUUAUUAUCAGAGAGUAACUCUGAGUUUUUAUGGACUUCUUACAUGGUAUUAUCACCCAAGAAAUUUUACAAACAAUGAAGUUGGUUGGUCCAAGAUGUAUUCAAUAAUAGUAAAUAUCUGCAAUGUAGGGUGUGGGUUUAACAGUAUCUGUAGUUAUGAUGAUGUGGCUCAUAGUAUCAGCUGUGAUUGCCCUUCUCAUUAUUCUCUGGUAGAUCCUACUGACAAGUAUGGCAGCUGCAAACCAGAUUUUCAGCUUUCGGAAGAUGAUGGAAAGGAUGGUGUCUUCGUUGAAUAUAAUCUAGUACGACUUCAGAACACUAAGUUUGAUAGUGAUAAAUGUGAUAAAAGGUUUGAAGGUAUCACUGAAGAACAAUGCAAGAGUUCAUGUCUUGGUGACCGUUUCUGUGCUGUUGCUACCUGGGUGGGGGAUAAGGACACCUGCUGCAAGUAUAAGCCGCUGUUCUCCGGUGGAAAUCAUGACAGGAAAGUUAGCGAGACCGCUUGGCUGAAGGUAGGAAAUGGUACGUACUCCACUGCCCCACUCAUCACAAAAGAGAAAACCAAGCUGAACACUGUAGUUUCAGUCCUAUUAGGUGGCUCUGUUUUCGUAAAUUUAGGAUUAUUAAUGGUGGGUUUUUUCUUCAUCUACCGUAAAAAGCAGCUUAGAAGUGUUAAACAACCUCGUAAAGAGUAUGAUAAUGUCCAUUGCUUCAGCUACAAAGUUCUUGAAGAAGCGACUGAUGGAUUCAAGGAAGAGUUAGGAAGAGGGGCUUUUGGGGCUGUUUACAAAGGCGUGAUUGGAGCAGGAAAUUACCUAACUUUUGUUGCUGUCAAAAAGUUGGAUAGGAUAUCUAACAAUGCUGAUAAGGAGUUUGAAACAGAAGUGAAUACAAUAGGCAAGACCCAUCACAAGAAUCUAGUUCGACUUGUUGGAUUUUGCAAGGAGGGUGAUCAGCGGUUGUUAGUCUACGAAUUCAUGAGAAAUGGUAGCCUAGCAGAUUUCCUAUUUGGUGAUCAUAGGCCAAGCUGGGAAGCAAGGAUUAAGACUUCUGAAGGAAUCGCGAGGGGUCUACUGUACUUGCACGAGGAGUGCAGCACUCAGAUCAUUCAUUGUGAUAUAAAGCCCCAAAACAUACUUCUAGACGACCAUCAGAAUGCACUUAUUGCUGAUUUUGGGAUAGCAAAACUUAUGGCUCAAAACCAAACGCACACAACAACAGCAAUCAGAGGGACCAAAGGGUAUGUAGCUCCUGAAUGGUUCAAGAACAAACCGGUGACAUUGAAGGUAGAUGUGUAUAGCUUCGGGGUUAUUUUGUUGGAGAUCAUAUGUUGUCGAAGAAGUGUAUGCAUGGAUCGUAUAGAGGAGGAAGAAGCCAUUUUGACAGAUUGGGCAUUUGAUUGCUACUUUUCUAACAGAUUAGAUCAACUUGUUAACGAUGACAUAGAGGCGAUUAGUGACAUAAUACGACUGAAGAGGUUUGUAAAGAUUUCCCUUUGGUGUAUCCAAGAAGAUCCAAGUCUCCGACCAAGCAUGAGAGCGGUUACACAGAUGCUUGAAGGCCUUGUUGAAGUGCCUGCCCCUCCUUGUCCAACUUCAAUAGCAUCAGGCACUAGAUAAAUGUUAAACUCCCUAGCUAAAAGUAUUCCUAUCAUUUGGCUUUGUUUCUUUUUAUGUAUCAGGGGAAGGAGUGGAAAAUUCACAAAACUAUGUCUUUUGUUUCAUCUUAUAUGGUAAUGUGGCAUGUGCUAUACAAGGCUUUUCAAUCAAGCUAGAGUUUGUUUUUUAACUUACAUCCUUUUCUAUAGAAUAGAGGGAACAAUAACCCAAACUUACUACUUCCUACGUCUCAUAAAGAACCAAUGUAUCAUUUCAGAAUUUUUUUCAAACUUUUCUUUUUGAAACAAUAAA